AUGAUGCUUCGGUUUGCUGUUCUGUUUUUGUUAGUGGGGGCGGUCGUUUGCGGGCCCUCUCCUAGGAGGACCAAGGCGGAAGUGGAGGAAUAUAGACAGUUUCUUCAGAAGAGCAAACAUGGAAAUGCCUACCGAUCAUCAUCGAGCGAGCUGAACCCAUUUGGUAACAUCUGGGAGAAGAGUGGAAAAUUCGAGGGGGAUAUCUUGCUAGAUGACAGGCAGAUCGAUGAGCUGGUCAACUCUUUCGCUCAGGGAAAAGCUGCCUACAUCCACCCUAAUACCAAGUGGCCCCAAAACACUUUGGUAUAUGACUUCGCUCCGGGACACUUUAACCAACAACAGAGGGACUACAUCGUUUGGGCUAUCGGACACAUCGAGCACUAUUCUGGCUGUGUAAGAUUCCGCAGAAGGAAUUCAAAUGACAGAAACUACGUUCUUAUUACGGGUGACAAUAACGGGUGCUAUGCCAGCGUCGGUUGGUGGCAUGACAGAGGCAUCCAUACUUUGAACCUGGCGCGUUCCAAUCCUGGAACCGGCUGUCUUCAUAUUGUCGUCAUUAUCCACGAAUUCCUUCACACCUUAGGCUUCUUCCACAUGCAAUCCACCUACAACAGAUACAAUUACGUAGCAAUUCAUUGGCAGAAUAUGCAGCGCGGUAUGGAACACAAUUUCGAGAGGUACAACCAGAACAUGGUGUCCAACCUUGGUCUCCCAUACGAGCACAUGAGCAGUAUGCAUUACAGUUCCCAUGCGUUCAGCAUCAACCGUCAACCGACUAUAACUGCAACAAGGCAACACAACGGCGUCAUGGGCCAGAUGGAGUUCGUGACCCAUUAUGAUUGGGUGAGACUGUCCAGACAUUACAACUGUCCUGGAGCCUGGAGCGCAGAGUACGUAGAUCACAUGAAAGAGGAAGUUGAGAGGACAAAACAUCUAAUGGCUCCACCACAACAGGACGAUAAGGUCCAAGAAGAGGUAGCCCAAGAAGAAUUGGCAUAA